ACACCCGUUUUUAUUUUUAUAUCAUGUUUUUGAAAAUAUUUUAUAUGUGUAUAUAUAGGAUUGCAAAUUUUUCACAACAGAAUAUAUGUUUGAAAGGCUAGAAAAAUAUCAUCUCGGUAUACUGCAAACCACUGUAUGGAUGGAAAGUUAAUCGCCACAUCGAAUUCAUCUUAAUAAAAUUAGACAAUUUCCUAGGUGUCUUUCUCCGUUUAUCUCUAAGCGCCACGCUAUUGGUCUGAUUUGGAAACAGAACAACUAUUUAGUCCUUUCUGAACAUCGUCUACCCGAAUAUCCUCAAAGACACCUAGAUCUACAAUCGAUAGGAAUACCUUCAAGAAGAUAUGGGUGAAUUAGACACUUAUAUACCAAUGCUCAUCUUAAAUUCAAUCGCUAUUGUUUGUAACGCGAUUACGGUAAUCGUCAUCAUCGCAAGCAAGACGCUAAGAAAGACGCAAAACAUCUUUCUUUGGAACAUUGCCUUCUCCGACUUUGUAGCAACGUUCAUGACGGUUUUCACGCUCCUGUACCGUCACUUCAUCAGGGAAUACAUCUCGGAUCAAACGGGAGUGUUGAUCCGGGUAUCCUAUCUGACUGGAAUCUGCAGUACUGUCUCGGUGGCUCUCCAUCGCAUUUUCGUGAUCCGCUUCGAUCCGUUCAACACACGUAAACUUUUCACCGGACCACGCUGUAUCUUCGUCUGUAUCAUCUUCUGGGCUGUCCUCCUAACCUUCUUGUUUGCGAUCCAAGCCCAUGCCAGACAGACUUACUUUGCCGUUUCUGCUAUUCUUCCUCUUGCCACGUUUGGAGCGCACUGCCUCAGCGCCGUUUGCUAUGCCGUUGUCUACAUGACUAUUUCGGGUGCAGCUCGCAAGGCUGGACUCUCAGGCGACACGUUGGAACAGCGGGUCAAGCAGAACAAGAAGGUCCUGAUGACUUUCGCACUCGUCGUUGGAACUAACAUCCUCUGCUGGACGCCAUUUUGUGUCCGUUUGAUCAUCAGUUAUGUGAGGCCCGAAUGGAUCGUUCCAGUAAGCUACCCUUACCCCGAUCCAACCUUGUGGUUUAUUAGACUAGAAAACGCAGCACUUUGCUUUCAAGGUGUCAAUGGAAUUUUGAAUCCGUUGAUCUAUUUUACCCGGUUGACCGGGUUUCGUCAGCUGCUACGUGAUACAUGCUUUCGAAAUAGGAAAACCACUGAGAAUGGCGUCAUAUCCUCAAAAGCUCAAACAAAGGAAACUACAGUUGAAAAUGGCGAGAAGAUUUAAGAAAAAACGGGCAAUCUGUCC